UUGGUGGUUGGUAUGAAACGGAAAACAAGGUUUCGAGCAGGCGAUGAGAUGAGCCAGGUUCUUUUACUUUCCGGUUUUGUGCAAGGCUGUAGGGUCCGAAGCGAGUGUUCCUUCCUGCACGAGUCGUGUUGAUUUACACAUCAAAAUGACUGAGGGUACAGCCACUGUCCGUACGAGGAAAUUCAUGACCAACCGGCUUCUUGCCCGGAAACAAAUGGUCGUAGAUGUUCUCCACCCUGGUCAGGCCUCAGUGAAAAAGGCCGAUAUUAGAGAAAAACUUGCUAAGAUGUUCAAAGUUACUCCUGAUGUUGUAUUUUGCUUCGGCUUUAGAACUAACUUCGGUGGUGGCAAAUCUACUGGCUUUGCACUAAUUUACGACACCUUGGACUUCGCCAAGAAGUUUGAACCCAAGCACAGGCUAGCCAGGCAUGGUCUCUAUGAGAAGAAACAGCAGACCAGAAAACAGCGUAAGGAGCGAAAGAACCGUAUGAAGAAGGUUCGAGGUACCAAGAAAUCAAAGGUUGGAGCGGCGGCAAAGAAGUGAAACCCACUUAACCGAUUUCCUGCUUUUAUUGGAAUUUUUUGCCUGUUCCUCAUUUUUCUGCUCACAACAAUUUUUUGCAACAGUCCCCCAUAAUCUGUAAGUGUUGGUUUCAGUGACUUUGAUUCUCAACAUUUACAUGAACUUAGACAAGUGAAUUCUAAUCCCAGUAAUAUGUGCACCCACAGAAUGCUUUCAAUAUGUUGAUUCUUUAGGAAUUUUUGGGACAAUGAUUUCCAUCUGAGUUAACACUCACCUAUUUGUUUGUUGUUGAAUGAUCCCAUCCAUAAUUUAAGCUAUAACAAUGCAUCUAAGCUUUAUCCUGUAUUGGCAUGUGUCUUAAAUCUUUGCUUCAUAUGGCUUUUCUUUAAUCUGAACUUUUUGUUUCUUUGCAGUAAACGAUGCUGGUGGACACUCGACUUUAAACUUAUUAUUUUACUGUACGGGAAUAUACCUAAUUCGUUUCCAAA